CACGGACCAUAGUUCGGCCGUGCCGUAACACUUGGUACUUGGCCCCGCAAUUCAUCGCUGAUAUUUUCUCGUGGCUUGCCCGAGAGCAAGAUAAGACUGAGGUACCUAAAUCCUGGGUAUUAUGUCCCAGCCGCACGAGACUACAUCCCAAGGGCCGUUGGGCGCGCUGGUUGCGCUCUGCCACUGUUGCCCCAGCCUGGUUAAUUCAAACCAAGCACUUUUUAUUUAGACUUGCCCAGUCUCAGUCUCUGCCAUCUUGACAGUCUCCAUCCGGGGGAUAAGCUCUAUUUAAUGACAAUGUAAAGAAGCCGGAUCCCAAAUCGUGGCCGAACGACAAGAAACGCCCGUCGCCGGAUAAGAAGCCUGCAGUGCUUCACAAGAAGCCGUCAUUGCUUCCUAUGGAUGCGGUGCCUCUACCAGGUCCAGGAACGCCCCGGCGGCGGAAGCGGCGGCGGCUCACAUGCUUCGGCUUCGGCUUUUGUUGGAUGAGCAACAGCGCGUGUUGCAUCACUGCAGGUGUCAUCUGUCUGGUUGUGCUUAUUGCGGCCAUCUUCUCGCCCACCGUCAUUCUUUCCAGCAAGCCAGUGCCCGCGAGUUCGAACUCAACGGCAACUACGGUUGUGACGGCGACGGUCACCCAGACCCCCACGACGCCUCCUACGGUGACAGUCACGGGAAUUGCCACCCCAACUUCUCCGCCCACGGAGGCUUGGGCACUGGGCGGGUUCGACUCGCUGGCCGGAUCUAUCUUCUACUCAGACCGCAGCGGUAAUGUCGCCCAUAUCAUCAACAACGGACAUGUUUGGAACAAUGCAACGCCUUUCACUGUUGGUCGUGGCGCCGCGGCAGGGAGUCCUGUGCAGGCCAUCUUUGACCCGCACUCCCAGACCCACGUCGUUUAUAUCUCGUCGUCCGGAGAGCUGCGCGGCGUGACAGCUCCGUACACUGGGCAUUCGUAUGACACGACGAGCCAGACAUGGUACGACAAUGCCGUCAACGUUUCGGGUCUUGUCCCGGCUGCCGUCAACGGCUCCUUCCUGCAUGUAUGACGUUGUAUGACGUCCCACAGAGCACGGUGUACUACUACGAAACAGCCACCGGCGCCACGCCCGUGUCGGUUGUCGUCGAUGAUGACAGACUGUUGGAAUGUGUCAAGCAGAAGGGCCUCGAAGGUUCUAGAUAGAGACUUCGCCACCCACUUCGCCACCACAAUAGUAGUAUAAGAAGGGGCCUUCUGGCACUGCCAGAAAGCUAGAGAGAAGAACA